GAAUAUAAGACAUAAGCCAGUGGUCUGGUUGUAAAUUCUAGCUAUUACCAAUUUGAUUCUUUGAGCAGGCAGAAAGAGUCGUAGAGUUACAGUGUAAAUCUCUUUCGCUGUCUAGGAAAUGAACUUUGUGCAGUGACCAGUUGUUGGCCUUUGAUUUGUUGUUGCAACACAAACUUGUACAGAAAAUCUGCUCAAAUUCUGGUCCACCAGGAAUCGCAGGAAAAGACCACAUGACAGAAUGACGGAGGCUCACCAGGCCUUCGUAACUCUGGCCACUACUGAUGCAUACUGUAGGGGGAGUCUAGUGGUGGGCAAGUGCUUACGAAAGCAUGGAACGACCCGGAAACUGGUGGUGAUGGUCUCUCCCAGUAUUAGCAGAGAAGCUCGUAAAUCUUUACAGGACGUAUUUGAUGAGGUCAUAGUGGUGGACGUGUUGGACAGCAGGGACAGUGCUCACCUCUCCUGGCUGAAGCGUCCAGAACUGGGAGUCACUUUUACCAAGAUCCACUGCUGGACGCUCACACACUACACUAAGUGUGUGUUCCUGGAUGCAGAUGCACUUGUUUUGUCUAAUGUAGAUGAACUUUUUGAGCGAGAGGAACUGUCAGCGGCUCCUGAUCCAGGCUGGCCGGACUGCUUCAACUCCGGCGUUUUUGUUUUCAGGCCGUCACUGAACACCUACUUACAGCUUCUGGAGCAGGCUGACCUGCACGGCAGUUUCGAUGGAGGAGACCAAGGACUUCUAAACACUUUCUUCAGUGAUUGGGCGACCAGAGACAUCAACAAACAUCUACCGUUUAUUUAUAACCUCAGCGCCAGUUCACUCUACACAUAUUUACCUGCUUUCCACAAAUAUGGCUACCAGCCAAAAAUUAUCCACUUUCUGGGAGCAUCCAAGCCAUGGCAUUUCCCAAACGUCCAGAAACCGUCCAGUAAAGCUCCUCCUUGGGAUUCCAACAGAAAUUUGGUGCCAUAUAUAAAGCUGUGGUGGAAGGAAUACUACAGUCAGCCACAACAGAAUAGACAGCAGCCCCUGGCAGCACUACAGACGGCUGCUCAGCCUCAAAGCCAAGAGACAGGCCCCGAGGCCCCGAGCUCAGAGGAGGAGACGCUCAGCCAGACGCUCCGAGAGCUGACUUUCAACCUGCCCGCCUCAAGUUCAUGUCAUCAGCCGGAGGAGAUGAUGAGCCCUGACCCGAGGGAUGCUGAGGAAUCUGAUCUCUCAGAGCUCCAAUACACAUCCUUCAGAGACAUGGUAGAGGAAGACAUGAUAGAAGAACCCACUGAACCAGAUAUGGCUGUGGAAGAAAGCAAGGAGGAGGAGAUCAAGGAGGAGAAAAGUGAGGAGGAGAUCGGGGAGGAGAAAAGUGAAGAGGAGAGCGAUGAGGAGCGUCGGAGGCGGUGGGAGGAAGGCCGGGCUGAUUAUAUGGGCAAAGACGCUUUUGAAAACAUUCAAAGAAAACUUAACCUGUUUCUUAAUUAAAAGUAUGUUUUAGCUAGGAA